AUGAACGUCUUCAAGAAGAAAGUCAAGGCUAAAGAUGAUGCCUAUAUCAUUCCUCCAGCCAUUCCACCAGACCCAACACUCCCAUCCAAGAUGUCCAGGAGUCUGAAGCGCAAGCCGAAAAAUGUAGUCGAACCGAAGCCCGAAAUCGACCUUUCGACGGCUUUACCAGAUACCAACGAUUUCAGAACCAGCCUGCUCAUGCCUGGUCUCUCUGCACGCUUCAGUAUGCUUCGAGAACAAGACGACCCCAACACGAAGGUCGGCAAGGCAAGCGAUGACAGUGUACUGUUUCCCAAGAGAGCCUCUCGCCUCAACCUUUUCACCCACAACCCGCUAUCGGAUAUUGCCGAAGUCGAAUCGAUACAAACAUCAUUCAGAGUACCAUUCGCCGACAACGAUCGCUCUUACUCGUUUUCCGAAGGCGGGGGUUAUGCAAGCGACGACGCGGGCAGUGUCAUGUCGAGAUCGAAGCCCACCGAAGGGAACAUUCUUUUCGGGGGACGACAGAAAAUGUAUCGAAUUCCAGCUCCGGGCUCUUCCAGGGACUUGACGGAAGGACAGGCUCCACUGACCGCUGGAAAGCACAUGUACCAGAACGAUGUGGCUUUAUCCCCUUACCAACAAAUGCGGCUGAAGGCUCGAGAGGAGCAAGAACGUGAAGAAUCACAGGAACGACCAACCAGUACCGGGACUGAUGAGCAUGAGCACAGUGUUGUGAACACGCCAUCCACAGGCUUCAGCAAGAGCAGAGGAACAACAUCAUCUACGGCCUCAGGUCCCUCAAACCGUCGCACUUCAACCGCUGCAACAUCUGUUAUGUCGGACUCACCCAUCCCUAGACAGAGCAAUGUCAGUGCUAGCUCCCACAAGAUGAAUCCUUCCGAAUAUGGUAGUGAGGAGAACUUGCUGAAACGCAACUUCUCGUCAGAAUCUCGGAAGGCGACCUUUCACGGAACCGAACAACAAGGCCAGCCUCCUUUGCCGACGUCUUCAGUGGCCAGUCGUCAACUCCCACAGUCGAGAAGUGUGACUAAUUUGGCAGAAAAAUACACUCGAGGAGCAUCUUCAUUCUCCACCAAUACGCCUCGAGCGACCAGCCCUCCUCCGACAAUGCAAACCCACGCGUUGGCACCUCUGGACUUUGGCCUCAAGAAUUCCAGCAGCCAUUCUCGCCGGUAUCAAACCGCCUCUCCGACCACGGAUGAGGAAGACGACAAUGUCUACAACCAAAGUCUGGAGCCCAAUGAUCGCGGCAAAGCCACGGCUAUGGGACUUUUUAAUCGACCUCGUCAACAAUUUGAUGAGCAAAAAUUUCAAGAGCGGCAACUGCAAAUGCACGAAGGCAGAAUCUCACCGUCUUCUACCCACGGCCCAGAAUACGGUCGAAUUACCGAGCAACAACGUGAGCCGGGCAGAGUCGCUCUCCCAAGCAUUCCACCCUCGCCCCUCAACAAAGGCUUCUCCCGUGGCCCAGAGUCCAACAAUCCUUCAACCGCCAACAGGUCCCGAGCGCAGUCGAAUGCCUCCUCCACCAAUGCUGCUCAAGUUCAAGUUCAAGUUGAGGCCCUCAUCAAGCGUCAGAAUGAGGAGUACUCGUCUCUCCGGGCAAAGAAACCCGUUUCGACAGAAUCGAAUGCCCGAUCACGGCAACCGUCGAAAACACUCAUGGAUCAGCCUGCAGCAUCCAGAGGGACUUUUCUCGACACCUUUGACGGCAGUGAUGAGGACGAAGCCGAAGGAGACAGUCCGAUGCUGGGUAGAUAUGAGCCAGCACCUCGAUUGGCACCUCUAGAUAUCCAUCCCGCGCUUCGUGAUGAUUCUCAAACUUUUGACUUCGGCGAUCAUGUUGCUACCAAUGUCAAAGUGGCCCGACCUCAAUCGAAUGCGUCAGCGGAUUCCUCUUCUCCUUCUGUGGUGCACGACACUCCGGACACAUCUGACUCUCUUCAUCGAUCUUCUCGAACGAAAUCCACCGAUUCACCCACCUUAGGGCCUACGACCGGCCUGGGACUAAGCGGCUUGAUCCGAACGCAUCUUCGACACGACAGUGACAAAUCGUCUUUGAUACCUCCGUCGCCUAGGAGACAUUCUAUGCAACAGGGAACUUUCCCCGGAUCCUUCCGCGAGCGUGAACCCUCCGUCGCUUCCACCGCUCAGACGAUCAACCCACCGGAGAGCACUCAUAGUGAUCCCUGGGAAUUUGACAAUCCACACCGCCGGCAGCGAACUCCUCUGGAGCCGGUGUCGAAAGAGCCAAUGCCAUCAAUGUCCUCAAAAGCGCAACAGAUACUCGGCCAGGCCAUGUCUCACCGAAACCAACAUGCCAGUAAGGCUCAGCAAAUACUGGGUCAUGAUGCUCCCAGGCAAAGUGACGAACAUCCUGCGGCAAGACCAUGGCAGAAUGACAUGAUGCCUAGCCAUCAUCGCGGAGAAAGUACCGAGACACACAAAGAAUUUGGCAAUGAGCUUGCUGAGCGCGCCAGACGAAUUCAAGAAGGUCUAAAGGGCGUCGCAGAAGCCGAGAAGCGGUCUGAAAGUCCAGGGCCGAGACCGGAUCGAUCGAAUCCAGCUACCCAAGCAUUUCAUGCACUCCGUCACAAGUCAAGCAAGACGUCUCUCGGACCCAGAGGUAACGAAUCACAGCCCAAGGCCAUGAAGAUGCUCGGAAUCGGUGGUGGACCGAAACCAGGGAUGGCUGGAAGGUCCCCAAACAUGGGAGCCAGAGGAGAUUAUGAAUUCGAUCAAGGCCUCGAUGAAUACGAUGGUAGACCCACCCCCCGUCAAAGACCCGCCGAAUUUGAACCUCCGAACGGUAGGCGGACACCGGGAUUUGCACGACCACCGCCGCAUCCGAAUAGCUCGCCAGAAGAUUUGGAACGUUCUCGUCAACGUUCUGCCACUCCAACUUCGGGGAGAGGACCGAGACGUGAUCGUGCAGACUCGGACGCUGGAGAUAGGUCAAGGAGCCGCACAGGUCGCUACCGAGAUGAGCAACCCUAUUCUCCGGCCGAAUAUGGUCGACAAGGUCCUUCCCAAACACCACCGCACUGGGAGCAACCGCGUCAUUAUGGUCCGCCUCAAAAUCCACCUCCUCACUAUGACCCUCCACGUGGUCCUCCGCCAGUCGAAGGGCGAAACUAUGAGAGAUCGGCUUCGGCAAUGUCAAAUCGACCUCCAGGUAUUACUGCUCCUCGACCGGGACCGGGAUAUUUUGACAAUCGUGCACCUACUCCCACGAUGGGAGGCACUCCUCAACUCGCAGGAAGCCCGGUCCCCGGUAUCUCUGCACCGAGACCAUCCCCGCGACCACCCUUUUCCCACUCUCCCAGGAGUCCUUUCCAACCGCAUCCGGGAAUGUCGCCCGCCGUUUCUGGUCCGCUUUCUACAGUCCCAUCGGCCCUCCCAUCUCCUGUGGCGCCUCCUCCUACGCAAUCAUCUGCGACUGGUCGGUCUACACCGGUCGAAGGUCGAUCCACUCCAGCAGCGCAUCGCAAAAAGUCUGUCACCAAGGGCAUGAUUUCAGAACCGACUUUUAUUUCCAGCACUUCAUCGGUCCCUCUGGUUGGCCUUCCAGGUGGUCCACGUCCAAGUCAAAUUGCCAGCCCGCCAGUUCCUGCCAUGAACCCACGACGUCGUGGCAAUACUAUGUUUGAAAGACCAGAUGGAUAUCCUAGCCCUCGUACCACCGGAUCUCCGAUGUUUUCAAUGCCUGAAUCUCCCCGUUAUCCAGGAAUGGCCAUGGCUGCAGCUCAACAUGCCUAUGUCGAUCAUCAACAGCAGCAAAGGCCUCCUCCCCGUUCACGAAAUCGAUUGAGGAAGAUCAGCAGCGAGGGUGGCAGUAUGGCAGCCAGAGCCCGAAACCAGGCAAUGACGACUGAGUUCGAACAAGAAAAGCUUCGAAGUCCGGCGAUGCCGAUAUUCCCGAACCGAAGUGCGACAUCCUUGAGCAUUCACCAAGACGGUGGUAUGUUCUAA